AUGUCGACUAUCCUAUUCCAUUUCCUCAUCUGUGAAAUGGGAAUAUCAAUGCCACACACGCCCCAAAGUUACAGUGUCCGACACAGAAUAGGCAUUCAAAACAAACAUCUGUUGAUUGGACCAACUGACCGUGUGAUAACCAAGCAACUGGCUCCCUCGAAGCCUUCGCAGAAGCUGCAGUUCUCUGUGAAAGAUACUCCCAGUGCCCUCAAGGUGGAGGAAGCAGGCUUCCACUUGACCCUAGUCCUGCCUUCCCUCGUGCAGAAGGAUAGGAAGGAAGACCAGAGGGUCUGGAAAGUGCACUGCCUCCUUCAUUUAACACGGGCGCUGCGCAAGAGACUUAGACUCUAUGUUCACUCCUACUCCCAUGAGGUAGCGCGACCAGGAAGCGCCUAUAUACUUCCGUUUCCGGCUCGGCCUCUUUCUUUCCGUGCCGCUAGAGCUCUUGCAAGCAUGGUGAACGUUCCUAAAACCCGCCGGACCUUCUGUAAGAAGUGUGGCAAGCAUCAGCCCCACAAAGUGACACAGUACAAGAAGGGCAAGGAUUCCCUUUAUGCCCAGGGAAAGCGGCGGUAUGACAGGAAGCAGAGUGGCUAUGGUGGACAGACAAAGCCAAUUUUCCGGAAAAAGGCUAAAACUACAAAGAAGAUUGUGCUGCGACUUGAAUGCGUUGAGCCCAACUGCAGAUCGAAGAGGAUGUUGGCUAUUAAGAGAUGCAAGCAUUUUGAGCUGGGAGGAGAUAAGAAGAGAAAGGGCCAGGUGAUCCAGUUCUAAGCAUCAUCUUUUACUAUGAAGAUAAUAAAACAUUGAAUUAAUGUUUACUUCAUUUGGUUGUAAUUGACUGGUCUUUGGGGAGGAUAAUAGUGUCAUCAAAUCAAUAAAAAUGCUGUGAGGAAAUUUAA